CCGGGAGGACUCGCUGCGGGCAAAGCACGGCGGGGAGCGGUGCGGAGCCGCCUCGGGGUCUGCGCUGCAGCGACGGUAGGGAGCGGCGAGUGGGUCUGAAACGGGGUUUGGAAAAGCAGCAGGAAGAAAGGCCGAAACGCAAGCACGAUUCUCUGCCAGCCGUGGGGCGAGGAGAGAUUUAAGAAGGCCGUCCUCGCACAGCGCUCUGUCUGCUCGGCAGAGCUCACACAAGAUCUGCUUGCGGGCCCCCCGCCCUGCUCCUGCAGACAGAGACCGCACGGGGCAGAGAUCUUCGUCUACCUCCUGCUGGUGUUCCUCACGUAAACGAACGCGUGGUUUGAGCUUACAGGCUGUAUCGGAGUCACAGGACAGAGCCUUCCAAGCGCUACUGGAGAAUGGCAGGGAGAAAAGUCCUGAUAGUCUAUGCACAUCAAGAGCCCAACUCUUUUAAUGGAUCUUUGAAGACGGUUGCUGUGGAAGAACUGAGCAAACAGGGCUGCAGUGUCACAGUGUCUGACUUAUAUGCAAUGCAAUUUGAGCCACGGGCAACAAGAAAUGACAUUGUUGGUUGCUUGCACAACUCAAACGAGUUCAGUUAUGCAGUGGAGACGACAGAAGCUUACAAGAAAGGAUGUUUGUCCAAUGAUUUGAUUGAAGAGCAAAAGAAAGUGCAGGAAGCAGACUUACUGAUUUUUCAGUUUCCCUUAUACUGGUUCAGCAUGCCAGCAAUCAUGAAAGGCUGGAUGGACAGAGUCUUGGUCCAAGGAUUUGCUCACGAUUUUCCAAACUGCUAUGACUCUGGUUUGCUCAAGAACAAGUUAGCUAUGUUUUCUUUCACUACUGGAGGAACUGAGGAGAUGUAUGUAAAAGGAAGCAUGAGUGGUGACAUCCGUUAUAUCCUGUGGCCCAUGCAGCAUGGCAUCAUGCACUUUUGUGGUGUCAAAGUCCUCAAGCCUCACAUCUGCUUUGCUCCAGAAUACGUCUCUGAGGAGAAAAGGAAGGAGAUGCUUAGUGCCUGGGCACAGCGACUGAAGACUCUUUGGAAGGAAGAACCCAUCAACUGCACUCCUGAGUGGUAUUUUAGUUAAUAUUCAAGCACAAGACUACAGAUACUUUUUCCAUUCUUUUUGGUACUUUAUCUCAAUAUCAGAAUGUUAGCUUCAGAAUUCACAGGCAUUAUAGGUAUCUUGAAUACUACAGUUGGCAGCUUAGCUGUCAAUAAAGCAUUUGUCUUUAUUGAUUUCUGAAGGAUUCUCUUCAAUGAUGGAUGCACAGCUCUUUGUGAAGAACUAUCCUUGCCCAUAUAAACAGUGACUUUCUGCCUGCAUGUGGUUAGUAACACAAGAGUUGCAAAUUAUACCAUUACUGCUUAUGAAACAGUAAAGUACAUCACCAAUUCUAUUUCAACACUCUUCAUUCCAACUGCCUCUUUGUUUUUAUUGGCCAGGAAAUCACUGCCUAUACUCAAUCUCAUUGUGGCCAAACCUAUUUUUAUUUUUAUUAUUUUUUUUUUUUUAAACGACAGAUCUACGCUUGUGCCUUUCAGCUAUGAAGCUUGACUGCAGAUAAAUAAAAGGAUGUACAGUUGCACAGUGACUCAGCAAUAGACGAUUUUUGCCUUGGUCCAGUAUCUCUUGUGCAUGAAAGUGAGUGGGAAUAAAAUGGAAAAUGUCAUAUGCACACAUUGUGGGGAAAAGUACAUUUUUGUCCAAAAGACACAAGGAAAAUAACUUCAAGUUACCUAAAGAGGGAUUGAAGAACAAGUAAAACCCUUUCUGCAGGAAUUAUUAUUCCCUAAAGACAACUAAUGAAACUAUAUCAGAAUUUCCCAGCACAUCCUGUAUGCAUUAUUUCGUGCAGUGGAGUUCGCACCAGAGACACGGGCAAAGAUGGAAUUGAGGUGUUACAUGGCACAAUAGGAGGUGUCUCCAUCAAAGCAAUCAAGACAGAAUAUAAUAGCUUUUAAAAUUAUUAUUUUAAUGAUCAAGCCUAAUUUCAAAUGUGAAGAUUUGCAGCUUCCUAAGUCCUUCCAUCAUGAAACCCAUGAAGGAAAACAAAUGUUUCCGAGAAAAUAAUCAACUCAAAACUGAGAUCAUCAUGGAUAAGGCUGCUAAGGGACAUAGUCAGGUUGACAGUUGGACAUGGUCAUCUUGAACAUGUUUUCCAGUCUAUGUGAUUGUAAAUGCAAAUAUUAAAGUUGUACAGGAGAGAAA